AUGCGGUUAUCCGGCAUCCAAUCCACUCGUUUUUUCCACCAUGUGCCCCGGCGAAUCCGUCAUGUUCCCGCCCAGGAUGUUGACGUUGUUCCCAACAGUCUUCAAAAAACCCUAGAGGCGCAUCGUUCCUCAAAUCGGGCGCGCCUGAUCCGCAAAAUAUACCCCCGUACCCCGGCCGCCGGACUUUUUCGCCCUUUGAUCCCUCCAAAAAAUCGCGUAGGAUAUCUUCCACCAGAGCCUGCAAAGCCCGUGCCAGAUGAGUCGGACAUCAAGAAGCCCGGCAAAAAGCGUGCUCGCAGCCGCAUUCCAGAAACGAACCCCCGAGGGCCAGAGAAUUCCUCAAUAAAUGCGGUUCGAAGCGCAGACCACGCCGCUCCGGAACAGAAUCCGUGGCUCAGCUUUCUGGCCCCAGUCAAUGUCAUUGAUACUGUCACACAAUUGGGUGCGGAGAUCCAAGCCCUGGACCGCUAUCUGGCUCCAAGUGUCAACGAACAGAGUCAGAUCACCCAGGUGAGCACAGAGGUUCAAUCUCUGCUUGAACCAGUGGGUUCGCAACCAUCACAGAUCAUCGGUUCUCACCACACAGGUUUGGCGCUGGCCUAUUCGGACCUUAACUUCCUUUUAUAUUUUGAAGACCUCCCGCGGUCUCGACACAACCCACGAGGGCCAAGCGCCACACGGCCAAAGAUUCGAGAUGCCCAUAUCAACCUAUUACGCCAGGUGGAAUCUAUGCUACAGGGUAAUCCUGUCUUCACCGGUCAGGUUCACUGGUCCACCCAGGGCAGAUCCGUCCUUGAGGCCCGGCACCGGCCAACAGGCCUGCGACUGCGCUUCCACUGUGGCGAGAGAGUUCCAGCCUUAACAAGCUAUAUUCGGGACUACCUACUUGAGAAUCCUGCCCUCCGACCCUUAUACACUGGAGCGCGAGUGUUGCUAGAGUCCGGCGGUCUCUUCGGCUCUUCACAGGCAAGUAUCGCGCCUGAAGCCUUGGCGAUGUUGGUAAUCGCUUUUCUCAAAAUGAAUCACGGCCGUUAUCUCGGGUCCCAACACCUGGGCGAACAAUUCCUGGGGUUUUUACAGCUCUACGGCACCGACAUCAAUCUCCAGUCUAUGGGGGUUGCGGUUGAACCCCCCAGCUUUUUCGGAGCUGAAAUUCUACGCCCUUCUACUGGAGAAGAUGAGCCUGUGUAUCGUCGUGGUCAAAGGUCGCUGAUUAGUGCGAAACGCACUGCUGCUGUCAAAGGAAAUUUGCUCAUGGAUCGAAGGCUCUGUAUUCAGGACCCAACUCAUUUCAUGAACGAUCUGGGUCGUUCGUGUACUCGCACACCUGAACUGCAGAAUGCCUUGAGUGCGGCACAUGAGCGGCUAAGUCACGCGUGCGAUACUUGGGAAGGAUCGGAGAAGGGCACUUCCAUUCUGACGACUGCUCUUCGAGCCAAUUUUGAUCAAUUGGAUAAAACUCGAGGGCGCAUUAUACACCCAGUGAACUAG